CUGCGGCUACUUCAGCGCCUAAAAGCCCCAAGAAGAAGCGCGCCGCUCCAAAGGCCAAGAAGGUCGGCCCCAGCGUGUCCGAGCUCAUCCUCAAGGCUCUGGCCAGCAGCAAGGAGAGGAACGGCGUGUCUCUUCCUGCGCUCAAAAAGUCGCUUGCUGCCGGAGGAUACGACGUGGAGAAGAACAAUGCACCGCGUGAAGUUGGCCAUCAAGAAGCUCGUGGCCAAAGACGCCGUGGCGCAAGCGUGAAGGGCAGCGGCGCGUCUGGCUCUUUCAAACUCAACAAGGAAAGGCUGCCGCAAAGGCGAAGCCCAAGUCGUCAACGGCAAAGCCCGCAGCUAAAAGCCCGCGGCAGCCAAGAAGGUGAAGAAGCCCGCGGCAGCCAGAAGACCGCGCCCAAGAAGUCUCCCAAGAAAGCAAAGAAGCCCGCGGCUGCCAAGGCGGCCAAGAGCCCCAAAAAGGUGAAGUCGGCUGUUAAGCCCAAGAAGGCGGCGAAGAGCCCAGCCAAGCCCACGGCUGCGAAGCCCAAGGUCGCUAAGCCCAAGACCGUCAAGGCCAAGGCCGCCAAACCCAAGGUGGCCAAGCCCAAGAAGGCCGCGGCCAAGCCCAAGAAGACUGCGCCAAAGAAGGCAUCACCAAGCCCGCCAUCCGCCGCCUCGCUCGCGCGCGGCGGUGUGAAGCGCAUCUCGGGCCUCAUCUACGAGGAGACCCGCGGCGUCCUGACGGUCUUCCUUGAGAACGUCAUCCGCGACGCCGUCACCUACACGGAGCACGCCAAGCGCAAGACCGUCACCGCCAUGGACGUGGUCUACGCCCUCAAGCGCCAGGGCCGCACUCUCUACGGCUUCGGAGGCUGA